UUUCAUGUACAUAUUUUCAUACACAUUACCAUUUUAAUUGUAUAGACCACAUGCUAUAUCCAAAUUAAGUGAAAAUUGAGACACUUAUUCUAGACAUCCUUCUGGAUUUUUUGACAUAGGUUUGGGAAUUUUUUAGCCUAUGGUUAGUUAUGUGUGAAUUAUUGAAGUUGGCCAUGUACAUAUGUGACAUAGUUUGGUAUGCUGAAUUCACCAAAUUGAUUACCAUGCUUCCCAUUGGCCAAUGACCCUAAUUUUUUGCAUGAAACUCCUUUAACAUGUUUGCUACCACUGUUAAUUUUUGUGGAUUUUUACAAUCCAUUUUCGAUUUGAUUCAUAUUUUUUUCUUGCUGCCUAGCAUGUUAGAAUUCCAUUGGUGUAACCUUUAGCAUUUAUAUUGCCAUAUCCUCAUAAUUAAUCCAAUGGACAUGAAACUUUGUAGGAUAGUUCUUAACAUGUUAAGGUAGCUUUUGGCUUUGGUCCCAUGAAUUUUGAAGGUAACAAUUGCUGUUUGCCAUUAGAUGGAAGUUGGUGUAUAAUUUUGGACGUCAUUUGAUGUUGUUUUUGCAUGCUGUCCCAUGUUUAAUUAAUUCCUAUUGAUCUAUUAGGCCAAAUGACUUGAAAUUUAAUAUGUGACUUGUUGAAUGCCUUCUGGUUAGGAUGUAAUUUUUGUGGAUUUUUUGGAUCCUUUUUGACAUGUGGUUGGAUAUGAUCUUGCUGGUUGUUUGUAUGAGACUCAACAUUGCUUCUUUUGCCUUCCAUGUUGCAUAAAUAGAAAUAGGUAUAUAGUUUGAAUAUGGGACCAAUUGGGAUCCCUUUGUAUUUAAUAUUACUUGGUUUUCGUCAUGAAUUGGCUGCUGUUUUAGGAUUUUUCCAUCUUUUUGACCCUAGGCUAGUCCUAGUGGUCAUAAUACUUACCUUUGAGUGUGAUUGUACCUUUUCAGGUUAAAGAUAAUGAUUAAGGAGAUUUGCUCCACAUUAUGGAUUGUGUUACUUGACACAUAUGACUAAUGUAUUUGUUUUGUAGGAUGUUGGUUCAUGUGAGCCUUGUGCUAUGCACCUCAUUAUGUGUAUAAUUGUACUUGGUUAAUUGAUCAUUAUAUUGUUGUCUGUUUGUGAAAGUAGAUGCUGAUUCUGUUUGACUUUUGUACAGGUACCUUUAGUUGCUCAAUUCCUUGCGAACUUUUGCUUUGCGUUGCUUAAGCAACUUGCAUUGAGGGACACUUUUGAUCGAGAUUCUGGUUGAGAGAUUUCUGUUCAAAUAUGAGGACCGGUUUGAAAGACAAUGUUGCCUACAGUUUCUUUGAUCCAGAGAUUGGUGUGCUCAAGGAUAUGAUAGCAUUGAUUACUCCUGACCAUGUGGGAAUGUUUAGAGAGUCAUACGGCGGUAUUCUGAAGAUGGUUUUCAGACUCACUGACUGCGACAGGAGCGCCAUCCACACUCUUCUUCAGUUCUAUGACCCUGGGUUGAGGUGUUUCGUUUUUCCAGACUAUCUGUUGGGACCUCUGAUGGAGGAUUAUGUCAGCAUCCUGGGUAUUCAGAUCCGUGAUCAGAUUCCUUUCCAUGUCACUAGGGCGGAGCCGGAUGUCCUUGGGAUUUCACGUGCUCUUUAUUUGAGUCCGGAAAUGGUCAAGGAAGGUUGGAAGGAGAAGGGAAAGUUACCUGGAUUUCAUUUGAGUUUCUUGGAGGCUAAUGCCAAGGAACAUGCUGCUGCGGGUAACUGGAAGACGGUUUGUGCUCUGAUUGCUGUGAGCAUUUAUGGGAUUGUUCUGUUUCCUAACCAGAAGAAUUUUGUGGACCAUAAUGCUAUCAGAUUGUUUAUGCAGAGAAACCCUAUUCCUACCCUGAUUGGAGAUGUCUACUACUCAGUGCAUAACAGGAAUGAGAAGAGGCGGGGUGGUCUGGUUAGAUGCUGCUCUCAGUUGCUCUUUAGAUGGUUCAUGGGGUAUUUGCCUUCCCGAGGUGCGUUUGUUCAGAUUGACCCUAGUGUCAAGUGGUCCUUCCGAUUGAUGGGUCUGCGGGCUGAUGACAUUGCUUGGACUCAUAAUGGUUUAGCUGGUCAGGACUUCAUAUGUAGUUGUGGGAGUUUACCUAAUGUGCCUUUGGUGGGAGUUCAGGGUUGCAUUAAUUACAACCCGAUGCUUCUCCGGAGACAGAUGGGGUUUGCUAUAGAGGGUCCUCCUCUCGGGCGAGAGAUUCAGGAGUCCUUCUAUUUCCCGAUUGAUGGUAACCAGACCAAGUUGAGGCAGGUAUUGGACGAAUGGCGAGAUAUCCAGAGGAGGGGUAAGGUUCCUUAUGGCAAAGUCAACUGCCGGUAUUUUCCACUAUUUGAGGAUUGGUUGCGGAAGAGGAUUGAGUCUACAUUUCUACCGUUCCCUGGAGGUGACUCAGUGUGUCCUAGGAUUGAGGGUCCAAGUUCUUCUGUCAGCAUGGAUGAGUUCUUAGAGGUGAAGCGGGAACGAGAUCAGCUACUUGCAGAGAAGACGGAAUUGGAGAUGAGUGUCGCUCGGGUUCAGAGAGCUAAUCAGGAGCUCAAAGCAAAGAUGGAAGAUCAGGGUAAGCGGCAUGCUUUGGAGACCAAGCGAUUUGAGAUGGAUACAGCCUACUAUGGGAAGGUUAGUCAGGCUUUGGCAUCUUCAGCAAAGGAGCAUGAUAUCACUAAGGAGAAGCUGUUCAGAGCGUCAAAGGUGAUAGAAGAUGAGAAGAGGAGGCAAAUCCUAGUCAGGGAUCAGAGGGAUGAGAGAGCCAGAGUCCUCGCUGCAGAGUGGGAGGCGGAGAAAGCAAAGAUCAGGGCCGAGAGAGAUCAUUACAUGGCAGAGAGAGACCACUACUUCAGACAGAUGAAGAUUCAUCAGAAGGAAGUUGGAAGACUACAGCAGGAGAACAUAGAGCUCGGGUUCGCCGCAGAGUUCGCGAGGAUGGAGGGCGAGAUAGGGCCAUCUGCGGGACCCUCAUCCAGUUAGAUCUUUCUUUCGUUGUGAAUUACCGUCAGGCUUGUUGACGGAAUUCACUUGUCUGUAUUUCUUUCCUAUUCUUGAGGAUUGUAUCUGACCUUAUCUGGUUGAUG